UUAAGGACCAGUCUUGAUGUCUAUGCAUAGGGGGAUCGCCCACCGCCAGAAGUUCCACCAGAUCCUUCUGGCUGAUCCCUACUCCGAGGCGUGAUGUGAUGACUUCACUCGCUACGGAUCCAACACUUCCUGAUUCAUAACCAGAGCGCCAUGGCAACAGGCAGAAAAGGGUCCACCUCCAGUAAAGGGGGUGGGGUGCGUUUCCCCGACGACAACGAGCCCCCAGGCUCUCCUACACGCCGUGACGACCAGACCUCCCCGGCAACCAUCACGGCCAUCCCAGAGAAGGACGGCAGCUUCCUGGUCAAGGCCGGGUUCCUGAGGAGUCACCACCGCUAUGAGGUGGUCUUCACCGUGCCGGACGUGCAGACCGUGGGCAAGGAGCUCUGCUCGCUGCAUCCUGCCGCACAUAGCAGCCUCAGAGUCCACUGCAUCACCAGCACACUGGAAGGGGGCAUCAAGGUGACGUGUGAGUACCGGACCCGGCAGGAGGGCGUUCUGCAGGAGGACAUCACCCUGGUGACCAAAGGCAGGAAAGACAUGUGUGUGAAGGUCCGCCUGCAGGCCCGGGUCAUGGACCCCCACCACGGGACCCCCAUGCUGCAGGAGGGGGUGAAGUGUCUGGGGAUGGAGAAGGACAGCCAGGGGAAACACAGCAGCAGCCACAAGAGGAAAUGACCCGACAACACAGCCACAAACACACACACACACACACACACACACACACACACACACACACACACACGUAACAUAACAUUACAUAAAUGCUUGCUUAAAUA